CUCCACAUAUGAUUCUACUUGUCAAAUUGCACAAGAGAUUGCUGAGAAAAUUCAACAAAGAAACCAGUAUGAAAGAAAUGGUGAAAGUACAACCAAGGUCCAGCCUGAUGACGGGAGGGGCGAAGCGAGGCGUACCCAACCCUUGGCUCUUUGAGGAGCCGGAGGAGACCAGAGGCUUGGGUUUUGAUGAAAUCCGGCAACAGCAGCAGAAAAUCAUCCAAGAACAGGAUGCAGGCCUCGAUGCCCUUUCUUCUAUCAUAAGUCGCCAAAAACAAAUGGGGCAGGAGAUUGGGAAUGAACUGGAGGAACAAAAUGAGAUCAUCGAUGACCUCGCCAACCUGGUGGAGAACACCGACGAGAGGCUCCGCACUGAAACGCGGCGAGUGACCCUGGUGGACAGAAAGUCGGCGUCCUGUGGGAUGAUAAUGGUGAUUUUAUUGCUGCUCGUGGCCAUUGUGGUGGUUGCGGUCUGGCCUACCAGCUAGAGGCAAUAGCGGGGCCACCAGCUGGACUCCUGCCGGCGACGGAGAAAAGCUCAGCACCUUUUGAUACACGGAAGCCGCUCUCAAUAAAUCCCCUCAAAGCUCUGAA